AUGACGUCCACGCUGGAGAACUACAUUAACAUUGCUGUUAUUACUUCUGAUGGGAGAAUGAUUGUGGGAACACUAAAGUGCUUUGACCAGACCAUUAAUUUGAUUUUGGAUGAAAGCCAUGAACGUGUAUUCAGCUCUUCACAGGGAGUAGAGCAAGUGGUGUUGGGAUUAUACAUCCUAAGAGGCGACAAUGUUGCAGUCAUCGGAGAAAUUGAUGAAGAGACAGAUUCUGCGCUUGACUUGGGGAAUAUCCGAGCAGAACCUCUAAACUCUGUAGCACACUGAAGAAAAACUAUACAUUAAACAUCUGUAAAUAUUGUACAGAAGCUAGUUGUUCUGAAGAUGAUUUUUAGAAUUUUUAUGUAUGUAUAAUUGUGGACUUUGACUUCAUAUUGAUUCACUGUAAUGUGUAAAUUAAAAUACUUCGACAUUUUUAUUGGAAAAUCUUUGUUGGCCUAAAUUAAGUAUUGUAGCUUGGUUUUAUUUUUCUGUUAAAUAAUGUAAAAACAUAACAGUCAUUUUGAAAACUUAGAAAAAAUUAACAUUUUGUGAUAUUAUACCACGAGAACUUUUUGUAUGAAUGAUACCAAUAUUGCAAGACAUUUAUGUAUCUCUUACAGUUGAGAAAGUCGCCAGAACACAUCUUGCCUUCUGCAGAUAUCUUAUUUACAGGCGUUUAUUCCACUGCAUUAGUGGUAGCUUGUCAGAGUUUAAAAGUGGCACUUAGGAGUGUAGGCAAAUGUGUGUUGGUGAAGUAAAGGAAAAACAUACCGAACAAGUUUUAGUAAAUUGGGCCAGAAGUUAAGACUUGAAUACUAAGGAUAUAGAAAAGAUAGGAUUAGUCAAAUCUUUAUACCUGGUAGGCUAGAUACAAAAGUAGAAUGAACACAUUAAUACUGAGUUUUCUGAAAUUCAGUGUAUGAAAACUUUGCUUCCAUGUAGUCUUAAAAACCAUUGUGGCUUUUACUUUUUAAAAUUGGCAAUGUCUAACGUUAAAGGAUUUUUGUUGUAAAUGUGGGUAAGUAAACCUUAACUUUGGAGCAGUGCUUGUUGUUGUGACUCACUGGUUCCAUAAAUCUUUAUUUCAGAAAUAAACUUGACUUUUAAAAAGAA